AUGUAUAGGCCAACGGGGUCGAUGUCUAACAUGUCCAACAGAAGACAUGAAAGCCAACAAACCUCCCCAGAAAUGGAAAGCGCCAUCGGUUAUCACCAUGUGCAACAGCCAUCGAUUUAUGCAGUACAAUCUGAUGGGCUUUUUGAUCUGUUCGUAGCUAAGCACACGGUGGAUUUCUCUUUGAAACGUCAGUUACUCUCAAGAAAUGGUUUUAUGAUUCCUUGGAAGAACAUCUCUCAUUUGUCUUUCUCAGUUGUUGGCCAGAAAAAGGUGCGUAAAACGGUAAUUAUCAUUGUUUCAGACAUGAGUUUAGAGUCAGAGACGGCUGCUCUGUGCCUAUUAGACUGUUAUAAUCUGGAACUUAUCAUAGUCUGGAAUAGCCAAGGACUAAAAAAGUCCUUUUUGUAAUCUUUAUUAUCUUUGUAUAUGAUCAUCGGCUAUGAAGCGCUAUGCUGAUGAUAAAGUCUCUGUGACUUUGUCUGUAUCUGUGCCCCCUCUCCUUAAACCCCAUUAUUAGGAAAAAAAACAGUAAAAUUUUAUAAUUUUCAUGUUUGAAAAAAGGAGAUCGAGUCUUAAUUUUGGUGCCCUAUGAUUUCUGCAUACAGAAAAAACUCAGAUGGGGAGGGGGGGGGGACUGCCAACACCCCCCUCCCUAUUCCUAAACUUUUUUUUUGCUGGCGGGAAAGCCAAAGAGUUAAUACUGGGUAGAACCGAGUCCCUUGGUCGCGCCUCCCCCAUCUGCAAAUGCCAUAAGUGAUUAAAUCAUUAAUUGUGACCUGAUAGUUUGAUCUAUAAUUUAUGAAACCUCAAGAAAGUAAUCAUUGGUUUUCGUUUUGUACACCUACAGAAUUUCAAUCCACAAGGGAAGUGUCCACAGAAAGAGAAAUUUUCUAUGAAUGGCCACCCACAGAAGUGAGUGUACCAGUGACCAGUUGACUUCUUUUUUCCUAAUGAGAGCACCAACACAAGUUUCCUUUGCAUAUACUUAGAAGAAAUACAAACUGACUAUAAAUCUUUUGUUUGUCUUUCAGACUCAUCUGCCCACUUUGUGGUCACAUCCUACACAUAGGCCUGACUCCUGAACUGUAG